AUCUUGCGGCAGGCCCAUGUGUAGCAUCAAGACCUAAGUAUGAAUGCGUGGGGCCUGGGCCUGGGGCUUUGGACUGAGUAGCGUUUCAGACCCCAGCCUACGCCGAGUGACUCUGAGAACUAUUUUGAGGGACGCAGCUGACUGAGGGGAAUCGUCGCUGCUUCCUGCCACUCAAAUUGUACUUCAUGGAGUCCACGUUCAGCAGCCCGGCCGAAGCGGCGCUGCAGCGGGAGGCAGGCCCAGGAGGACUGCUCACUUCUCGGGAGGACUUGGACCGAGUGUACGAGCUAGAGCGAAUCAGCGGAUUUAUCAGCGACCUGGGCUGCCUGCGGGUGGCAUUGCAGUUUCCUGAUAAGCUCUUGGGAGAUGCUGGGGCCGUGGCUGCACGACUGGAAGACAUCACAGGGUCGAAGAUGUUCAUUCUGGGGGACACAGCCUAUGGCAGCUGCUGUGUGGAUGUGCUGGGUGCCGAGCAAGCUGGAGCUCAGGCUCUUGUACAUUUUGGCCCUGCCUGCUUAAGUCCACCAGCCCGACCACUGCCUGUGGCCUUUGUCCAUGGUCAGCGUUCUGUGGCUUUGGAACUCUGUGCUCAGGCCUUUGUGGCCCGGAAUCCAGACCCCACAGCGUCUGUGGUGCUGCUGAGUGAGCCGGCUUGUGCACAUGCCCUGGAGGCCUUAGCCACACUCUUGCGUCCACGGUGUUCAGACCUGCUUGUCUCCAGACCUGCUCUCCCCCUGCCAGGAGAGGGCUCCCUCAAUUCAGAGCCUGAGCCCCUGGAGCGUUUUGGGCGUCACUUCCCACUGGCUCCAGGGAGGCGCCUGGAAGAAUAUGGUGCCUUCUAUGUGGGGGGCUCUGAAGCCAACCCUGACCUGGAUCCAGACCUGAGCCGGCUGCUCUUGGGCUGGGCACCAGGGCAGCCCUUCUCUUCUUGCUGCCCAGACACAGGACACACUCAGGAUGAAAGUGCCCGGGCUGGGCGGCUAAGGGCACGCCGACACUAUCUGGUAGAGAGGGCCAGGGAUGCCCGUGUGGUGGGUCUGCUGGCAGGCACAUUAGGUGUUGCACGACACCGUGAGGCACUGGCACACUUGCGGAACUUGACUCGGGCUGCUGGUAAGCGCAGCUAUGUGUUGGCCGUGGGGCGACCCACACCUGCCAAACUUGCCAACUUUCCUGAGGUGGAUGUCUUUGUGUUGUUGGCCUGUCCUCUGGGUGCCCUAGCCCCCCAGCCUUCUGAUGGCUUCUUCCAACCUAUUUUGACACCAUGUGAGCUGGAGGCUGCAUGCAACCCUGCCUGGCCACCUCCAGGUCUGGCUCCUCAUCUCACACAUUAUGCAGAUUUACUACCUGGUUCUCCCUUCCAUGUGCCCCUCCCACCACCUGACUCAGAACUGUGGGAUACCCCAGAUGUGUCACUGAUUACUGGGGACCUCCGACCCCCCACUGCCUGGAAACCAUCAGGUGACCCUGGAUCCUCUGCCCUGGCCCCACGGCCUCAGCUGGAACUGAUAGAGAGCAGCCCUGCAGCCUUGUUCCUUAGUUCGAGGAGUUGGCAAGGGCUGCAGCCCUGCCUGGGCCAAACACCAGUGACAGGAGCUGUGAGUGGAAGACGAGGAAUUGCCAUCGCCUACGAGGAUGAAGGAAGCAACUGAUACUAUGUGAGGCCAGAGACACAGGUGGACUUAAGAGUUACCACUGUGACCUUCAAUAUUUCCUCUACUGACCUCUCAACCCUCUGCUGCCUGAAACCUUGAAGGCACCCCAGCAGAGGAAGAGAGAAGACAUUCUUCAUUGAGGGCAGGCUCCAGCUCUGUCCUGUCCUGGCAUUGGCACAAGGCUUGGCAUAUUUUGGCUUAGAAAAUACCUGUUACUUGACUGAUGGGACUGAUUUGGAUUUUCCUGAAACAGAACUUUCAAUCUGUCCUCAUGGGAGUAACCUAGGACCUCUGGUCAAUAAUAGCCCCUGGCAUGCAGUUAAGGGUCUAUCCUUGUCAAAGGGAGGUUCUAGGAGGUCAUAAAUAGGAUUUCUCAACCCUGGUACUAUUGAUGUUGAUGAUUCUUUGCUGUAAAGGACUGUCCUGUGCAUUGCAAGAUGUUUAACAUCAUCCAUGGCUUCUGUACACUAGAUGUAAGUAGUACACUCCUCUCCAGUUGUGACAACUAACAAUGUUUCCAGACAUUGACAGAUGUCCCCCGUGGGGGCAAAAUUAUAUCCAGUUGAAAACCCCUGGUAUUUGUAGUCCAACAGACUCAUGUGGCUGCUUUACCUAAGACUGAAAACUGUUGGCUUAGUCACUCUAGUAUCUCAGUGUUCCUAUAGCUGCAUGAAAGGACAGGACAGCUAUGGGACACAUUCAACUAGCUGAAAGUUCGGCAGUGUUGGUCCACACUAACUGAUUUGUUUCUCAGGAGAUCACAGAAAUAAACUAUAUAUAUUUUUUCUCCCUCUGUUUUAUUAUCUUUAUUUAUUGGAUAGAGACAGCCUGAAAUCGAGAGGAAAGGGAGAAACAGAGACCUGCAGCACUGCUUUACCACUUGCAAAGCUUUCCCCUGCAGGUAGAGACCGCGUGCUUAAACCCGUGCUUAAACCCGGGUCCUUGUACAUUGUAACUUGCACUCAAGCCAGGUUCGCCACCACCUAGCUCUUUUUUUUUUUUCCAGAGCAUUGCUCAUCCCUGGCUGUUGUGCUGGGGACACAUGAAAGUGCUGUGCUGGGAGUCGGGUGGUAGCUCGGCAGGUUAAGCGCAUGUGGCACAAAGUGCAAGGACCAGCGUAAGGAUCCCGGUUCGAGCCCCCCGGCUCCCCACUUGCAGGGGAGUCCCUUCACAGGUGGUGAAGCAGGUCUGCAGGUGUCUGUCUUUCUCUUCCCCUCUCUGUCUUCCCCUCCUCUCUCCAUUUCUCUCUGUCCUGUCCAACUACAACGACAUCAGUAACAACCACAAUAAUAACUACAACAAUAAAACAAGGGCAACAAAAGGGAAUGAAUAAAUAAAUAUUU